CUGGGUGCACCGAUGAACGGUGAGGAGCCGGAUUCGCGGGGGAUGAUGACGGACAAUCGGUGGUUCCCGAGGGACGAGACGUAGGGGGAUAUGUCCGGCUGCUUGUCGUCAUCUAUGACAGGCUCGACAGAUGCGGGGCCGCCGCAGCCCCAGGAAGACCCCGCGCCGCUUCCCGUCGCUCGGCCGCCGCCGUCCUUAUCGGAGGGCAACGGUUCGUCCGCACGGCGAGGUGGCCGUCAUCGUCACCAGCCGCGACGUAGGAUGACGUCCGCUCCGCCGUCCGGACAGACGAUACAGCUGACACCACUUUGGGAGCACGUGGUGCGUACGCGUAGAUUCCCGUCCGAGGUCGACACGCAGGCCACCUUCGUCGAGAUCUCCGAGAGACUGCGGGAUCCGGAAUGGGAGGUGCGCCAACACGCCCUGCGGGUGCUGAUGGACGUUCUGCCGACGCUGAACACCGAUGUCGUUGACAAGGUCAUGCAACCGGUGGUGCCGGAGCUGAUCAAUAAUUUGGGGCACCCAGCGCCGGCGGUUCGUAAGGGUGCUCUGGACACAUUGCGGGUCUAUCUGGUUCACAGCCCGAACAGGGAGAACAUGGUCAAAAACAUCCUUCACGACGGCCUGAAUCGCCCGGAUGCUCACAAUCCGUUUCAAACAAACGUAACGACGGGCGUGAUCCUGAGCGCACCUCUACUGCUAUUUCCAUCCUCGAAUAGUCCUCCCCCGACAAUGCAGAUCCUGAAGGAUGCCACGAUCGCCUUCGCCUCGCGGUUGGUCCAGGUACCACACCAAGAGGCCGUUCUGAAGUCCCUCAUGAAGAUCCGAGACGCAGUCGGCGAGGAAGAAUUCGAGAGCUAUCUGGCGGAUUACGACGACAAGUUUAAGAAGAACAUCGAUGUCCUUUCCAAAAUUUACAACAUCAAGCCGAGCAGGAAGAGGCAAGACAAGAACCGCACGCAGGACAUUAUGAAGGAGCGCGCCAUCGACAAAUCCUGGGACAGCGACAGCGACACCUCCGGCAUCGCCGAGGAGGAGGACGAGAUGCCGAACGCCGGAGGCGCGAUACCGCCGGCGAGAGUCGUUCUGGAGACCGAGAUCAAGUUCAACGAGGAGACGGCCAUUACGAUGACAAUCCUGGAGGAAAAGGACGACGACAGCGACGUAACCGGCACUAACAACGUGAACAACGGCGUCGUUGAGAGAUCGUCGUCCGCGGAGCAACGCAAGACGCCCCGACGCGUCCACUUUGGCGGCGAGAUCGUCAAGUUGAGGACCCCCGACAGCGACGAGACGGAGUCGAUCGAGAUAACGCCCAAGACGAGGAUCCCACUUCCGGUGUCGCCAGCCACCAAGAUGCCGGAAACGAGGAGACGGCCGUUGUCGCAACCCAGCAGCCCUCACGCGGAGAAGCGAGGGUCGAAGAGAGCUUCCAGGUCGGCGUCCAGCAGCCCCAAGAGAGAGUACACGCACAACGCGCAGCUGAGUCCCAAGAAGAGCAUCCUGACGAGGCCGGGUGGCCCUCUUAUCGUGAUCAAUCCGGUGACGGAGGAAGCCAAGAAAGAAGCGAAGAAAGUUAGAAAGAGCGGCGAAGCGAUUGCAGAAAACGAAACUCCUCGCGUAAUCAGUAGCUCGCAAGAAGUUAACGAAGUAUCGGAGAAAGAAGAAGUCAUGUUAGUUCAGGCUGCUGCGCCGCCAGCGAAUAGUGAAAACAAAUUGGCAAAGAGUAACAACGAAAACGAUCCGUCUGUGUCAGCUCAGGUUGCACCGAUAGAAGCCUCGAAAGGGGAGCAAGCGAUGAUCCUUGAAAGAGAUGACCACGCGAACGCGAUUGACUCGAAUAAAAGCGAUGUUUCUGGAGGCUCUUCGAGGCAAGAGAGGAAUUACACAACGACAAAAUCGAGUCCAGAAAAGAAGAAGCUACCCCGAGAGAACAAAGACGACGAGUUGGAAAGGGGAAGUUUGAACGAGCAGAAGCUAUCGGCGAACAGCCUCUCUCGCAGGUCCAACAGUUUCCCCUUCGGGUCGCCGGUGAACAACGAUGAGCGAAUAAAUCGUCUGAUCGACGCUGACUUCAUCGACGAGGACGACGAUUACGACGACGAGCGGGACGUGCGUACCUUCGGCAUGACUACGGACGAUCGUGCGGUGACCGUCGUGAAAUACGGCGACGGCAAGGACUUUGUUAGGGACGAGGACGAGGGAUGGAAAGAGCGGCGCAGUCAGCAUGACAGAAAGGAGGGUAACGCGUCGGAGGGGAACGAAAGUGUCACUUGUAGCAGCAGCGAGGGCGAGGGUAAACCGCAGGAACCCAGCUGGGAGGAAUUGGGGUUGGUCGGCCAGGAGGUAUUGGACGACCUGCACAACAAGGACGACUGGCGAGCGCGUGUCAGAGGCCUGGAGAGAGUCGCGUCGGCUCUGCGGACGUCCUCGGCGCUGAUCGCGAUAGAGUCGCGAUUAGGAUCGCUCUUGCAUGCGGCGCUCGGCGGCGAAAGGAGCUGCCGCGUGGCCGCCGCCGGCUUAGCGGUGGCGAAGGUGGUGGUCGCCGGUGUCUCGGAGGACGCGCUGCGGAAGAAAUUGCCGCAGCUGGCCUGGGGUCUGGCCAGGCAGGGUGGUUCAGCCGCGGCGCAGCUCACACGGAUCGCGAUGCUACGGCUCAAGCCCAGCCUGCUGUUGGAACAAUUGAUGCAGCCUCAUUGUCUGAGCGCCAGAAACGCCAAGACGAGAGAGAACGCGUUGCAGCUGCUGAUCUUCUCGCUGGUGACGUUCCCCAGCACCGAGUUCAAGCUGGAAACCGUGGCCAGCCGAGUGGCGACGAUGGUCGCGGAUCGACGACGCAGAGUACGCCAGGCCGCGCUCGACGCCCUGGCUGUUUUGGGACAGAUCUACGAUCCCGAGGAGGUUCUCGAAGCGGGAAGACGGGCGGGCGACGGAAGCCCCGACGCCGAGGCGAUGCUGGCCGCGAUCAGAGCACGGCUGGCCAGGAAGUCAUUACCUCUGGUAUCGGCCGAUGGUCUCGUGGUGUACGGUUUGCAAAUUUCACCGACUGUUCAGAUCACUACUGGUCCCGACGUCGAUUGGAUCGUGGCGGGAAGCGGUUCAGUCUCGCCUGGCACCGGCCGUAGCAGAGGUCAGAUUAUCGCCACGUCCAGAUCGGCACAGGGAAGAGCAUCUAGAAACGAAUUCCUGAAUAACCGCGAGAGCCUGUGGAUAGACAGACCCAAUCUUGUCGCGUUGGGUGUCGGACUGCAAUCCAAGACUGAACAAUCGACGGCCUGGCAGAAGAUACUGCCGUCGCAGAUUAUCUCAAUGUCAUUGUUGUUACUCGUCAAGAUUAUCGGCUUUGCAAUGCAAAUGUCGAAAUAUCAAAUACACAACGAAGUAGGAAGUAGCGGUGGAAUAAUACAUCUUUUCUCUCAAGCUUCAUUUUGCAUAUCGCAACCGUACGGAACGUUCAACAAUGAAAAUGAGAUAAAGGGACUGAAUGGACGAAACGCGAAUGCAGGGGUGUCUUCAAAUGCCAAUUUAAGAUUCGAGGAGCAACUGCGAUCGUUUUACACGCCGUUGAAUCAGUACGAUUUUGUCGGGACGGAUGCUAAGAAUCAUCGAGAGAUUUCUGACAAUUUCGAGCAAAAAGCGCGAAAUCGCAGAGACGUUAAUGAAACUGCUAAAGAAAAGGAAAACACUGGUCUCAGAGGAGAAUCCAGAAUUCCGGUAUUAUUGCCAACGCGCGAGCGUCCCAAAAUAACAUCGCAAAAUCGUGAAAAAUCCCUCAACUUGGAACAUGUUAAUUCCAAUUCACGAAAGCAAACGACGGACGUGUUAGACAGUAAUAAAAAUCGGAUAAACACGCGACAGGAGAAUGUCGGAUCGUACGCUGCUAUACAUCAACGACGAAAACGUUUUCAACAAGAGGAGAAUCAGACUUUGAAUCAGACAUUUGAUUCGCACACUAGUAGUUACCGGCCGUCAUCUUACACAAAGGCUUUAGGAGCAACGAAUAAAGAAUAUAGUGGUGCUGCAGGAAACAGAGAGGCGAUCUUUUCGGACGACAAUUCGCACGGCUACGGCAGAUUCGUGGAUACCGAUAAAUUUACGGACGAAAACGACAACUCGACAACAGGACGUCAACGUUCGCUAUCCAGAAAUAUGCAGCAACAAACACUCGUCGAGGCAUAUAACUCGAUUCACGAGCGCCAAAGGAAGCUCAUGGACAGAAUUACCUAUCGGCCGUUACGAACCGCUCCGAGUCCAUCGAGCCGCGUGUAUCAGGACUCUCAGAAUCUGGAUUCGCAAAUUCCUGCGGAUAGCGCGAGAUAUCGCUCCAAGGAUCGUAGAACGAAGGACGCGGCGCAGCAGAGGACCGAGAUGGACUUAAUCUCUUCGAAUUCGCAGGAGAACGGGCGUCCCUCUUCGGAAAGCUUCGCGAGUCCUCAUCGCAGGAGGCUGCGGUCGUUAUCCCCGUCGCAGCUCGGCCGAUCGCGGCAGUUCGUCAAACUGGCUUCCGGCAGAUUUCACGCCGCGUCGAUGUACGACAUUGAUAAGGCGACGACGAUGAACGAGGAGGAGUACAACGCGCGGAACAGGAGUCACUUCUCGCCCGAGGCGAAGGGCUACCACGUGCAGGGCUCGAACAAGGAGGAAUCGCGAUACCAAGAGUUUCUGCGUUCCUUCUCAAUCGGCGUGCGCGAACGUCCGAAAAGCGCGAGCAGCUCGUCGUCGGACGUUUCGAGGAACGGACGGCCGGGGAGACGAGGGGAAGGUCAGGACGCGACGCUGCGGGAUUACAAUGGCAAUGACAACAGCGGAUCGUCGACCCCGCGGAGCCGGGACGACCAGGGCAAUCCGGCGUUCGACGUUAUCACGCAACAGACGGCGAAUCGCCAGAGCGUCGCUCGCGACGACGUUGACUCCUUUUUCACGCCGCUGGAUACCAAAAAAGUGGAAUACCCGAUUGCGACGGCAAACGCACUGACUGUGGACGAGGCGUCGAAGGAAUGGAGCAGCGAGGACGACAUGAAACCGCUGGGUAGACUCGGAUCGAUUUCCAGACACUCGAAUCAUCACGACGAGCUGAUCGCUGUGGAUGAGAACUGCAACAGAAGCACGGAGAGCAGCACCGGCGUUCCCGAGCAACCGGAGGACGACAGGUCGAGCGCGCGAAGGAGGUCCGUCGUGUUGCCGAACGAGCGGAUUCCAUCCUACGAGGACAUGAAGACGUUCAAGGAAUCGCUACAAUCGAAGGCUACAAUCAGUCCCAAGAAAACGGAAUCGCUGUAUCUGUCGCCUAAUCACAAUGCUCACCACUCGCCAAUCUCGGACUCGCCGACCAAGCGGAAUUCGCGCUGCGGGUCGCGCAAUUUGACCGAGGACCCCAGAGAUUUCAUCAGCGAGGACAGAAUAAUCGCUUCCAUAGUACCUGACGAGGAUGCUUCCAUUCGAUCAUUGGACACCGUUGGCCACCCACCCAUCAGCAUGAUCGGUGAUUCACCGGCGAUUAUCAUCGCGUCGAGACCCCAUUCUCACGAAACCGCUGAGAACGCGAGAAGCGUCGAAAAUGCUAAUCCGCGUAAUAAGAUUAGUAUACAAGAGUCCACGGAAGAAGAAUCAAGCGUAAACGAUAACCUGGAGGACAGACAAAGCAAAGACAGCGCGAGCGAGACGAAUAUGGAACCGGGAAUAUUGAAGAUCGAGUCUGAGCCUGCGGAAGAUGUCGAGUCGCGUAGAAGGAUGCCCUCGAAAGUACCGGUACGCGGUCCUAGCAGGAGUCGAAUACCUUUCAGUAAGAGAACUGUGGAGAAGCCCUCGGAAAAAUCCAAGCGGAUGGUGCAGCAGUGCUUUACGCAGCUUGAGAGUAAAGACUGGGAAGUGACGAUGAAGGGUCUGAAAGCCCUGUCUCAGAUCUCGAAGCAGCACCCGGAGGGCUUGGACGUCUGCGCGGCCGGAACGAUAGGACGGCUUCUGGGGCGGCACAUAAAGAAUCUUCGUUCGCAAGUGGCACGGGCGGCGUGUCUCGCCGCCAGCGAUGUCUUCAGCUCUCAGAUCCGGAAUAUCGAUCAGGAUCUGGACGACAUAGCUGGACCGCUGCUUCACAGAACGGCCGAUACGAAUCGAUUUCUUCGAGCGGACAGCAACGCGGCCCUGGACCAGAUGGUGCAGUAUCUUCCGCCCCACAAAAUCAUCUGUACCAUCGUACAUCGCGGAGCGAGUCAUCAAAACUCCAUCGUUCGCGCGACGACCGCGCGAUUGUUAUCGGACAUCAUCGAUCUCAUCGGGCCGGAUCAUGUUAUGAUCUUACCGCGCGACGUGAGGGACAAGUUGCUAAAUACGGGCGCAAAGUUGUUAACGGAUGGAAAUCUAGACGCGAGGAAUUAUGCGAAAAGGAUGUUUCGGCGGCUGACCCGCUGCGAGGGCUUUCGUAAAGCGCUGACGGAAGCGGUGCCCGAAACGACGUUGCGACACAUCGACAAAACCAUGAAGACCCUGUAGUCGAUCGUUCGAUUAAAUCAGUCUAAUGUUAAUCUAGCCGUCGUCUCACCGCUACUCGGACUAUCCCAAAAGACUGUUCAUCACGCAGGAUGUUUUUACGAUCCGUUAGAAGCCAAUUUACGGCAUAGAGACAUGAAUUUUCUACAACGUAUACGCCGAGAAAGAUGUCGACAAGUAGUCGUAUAAAUAGCUUCUCCCCCCUUUCCCCCCCGGCCGCAUUGUAUAUUUUCCUCCUCGAAAUUAAGUGGAACAAGAGAUGUGAUUUCAAUGAGUUAUCAAGGGAAUCACAAAAAGUAUGAGGAAAAACCCGAGGAGCGUCCCAACUUCGAUCUUUUUUUUUCUCAUCGACGGAUUUAUUGCGCGACGAAGUUUUGAUACUUGUAACUUUAAUACAUAUACGCAUAUGUAUAUUAAUUUUUUAUACGAUUGUAUAAAGGAUGCGCAAGUGCAUUUGGAGAACUGUAGUGCCUUCACAUCGGUGAUCGUAAAUUACGCAAACGCAAUCGUAGCUCAAUUACAUUUGUAGCGUUCGUGAAUAUCGUCGACGUGACGUAAACUUGUCACGCGUCGCGAAAAGAGUAACUGUGGUCUUCACCAACUCUACAUUAACGAGUUGCAGGAAGAGAAAAUAUAAAUGAAGAUUUUCCUGAGGAAAGGAGCUCAUUGCUGUACGGCAAUGAGUCUAUUUCGAAAUCGCUGAUGCUUUCGUAAAUCGAAAGUUUAGAUUCGUUAGUUAUAUUUUUUUUUGGUUGUAAAUUCGAUUGUUACUCUCUGAUAUAUUUUGGAUCUUCGAAAAUUUAAGAGAAAAAUAAUGGAGAACGUCUAUAAAUUUUAUAGAACACACAAAUAUCAUGUGCUGAAUCAAGUUAGAAUUUGUUAAUGAGAAAAAUUAUAUAUAAAUUAUACGAUAGGAGUGUGCUCGAUUAUUAGACUCUGAUUUCGAAACUGUCCCUCAGGAGCGUAUAUCAGAGAUUAAUUCGUAUUUAUAUAAAUAAAAUAUAAUUUAUAUGCAUAUUAUAUAUAUCGUUAUACGAAGAUAAUUGCUUAUUAUUGAAGGCACGUACACAUGCUAUUGAUAAAUAAAAUUACUAUUGUUAUACUA